AUGCAUGGAUGCUGCUGAAGCGCUGCUUUCAUAGUAAAUGCUGAGGUUGAUUCCAUGGGAGGAGUUGUUGACGGUGGAGUUGGAAUUGGUUUAAAUACCUCUCCACGCAGAGCAGCAAUUGAGAAGGCUCAAGCGGAGCUUAGACAAGAGUAUGAUGUUCGUGAGGAAAGGAGGAGGGAACUUGAAUUUCUUGAGAAAGGUGGAAAUCCUUUGGACUUUAAGUUUGGGAAUACCACUUCUGUUAGUCAUUCUGCUUCACUUGCUGAUCAGCUUCCUGACCAGCUCGGUAAUAGUGAAGCUAAGGGUAGCUUUGUGUUGACUGCUUCACCUCAUGGGGACUCUGUUGAAAGUAGUGGCAUACCAGGGGCCCCAACUACCUGUGAACCAAAUAGUGCUGAUAAUCUUUUACUCUUGCGUGUUGCUAAUGAACUACCUGGAGGGGAAAGGAACUCGAGACGACCUAGUUCGAAAGCUACUGUUGCUCCAUCUGAACAAUCAUCGCAGUUGGAUGGUAGUCAAAAUAACAAGGAAACAGAAGAUUCUGCUAUUUUUCGCCCUUAUUGUAGAAGACACCGAUCUAAGUCAAAUAGAGAUGGUGGUAGAUCUAGUUCAUCCGAUAUUGACAGAAGUCAUGGUGGUAAUACAUUGUCAUCAGCUGCUCGUCAGGAAUCACGGGAAUUAAAGGGAACGGUACCUGGAAUGUGCAAUGAAAAGAAUCAGACUCGUUCUAAUCCAAAGUCCUUCAGUUCAAAUGGUGAUAACAUUUUAAAACUGGUAACUGAUGAUGGUCGAUUGGAUGUGGAAUUGAAUGGCACUCGUGAUCCUGAUACAAUUACGGCCACAAUGAAUGGCAAUCCCCCUGACAGUGAGUUUGACAAUUCAGCUUUGAGAUGCCCAAAGGAAAAUUUGCACCAUCAGCCAUGUCAAGUCACAGCUGAACAAGCACGUAAAGGAGUGGUUUCCCAGGGAUCUGAUGUUGUUCGGGAAAAAAGAGAGUUGGUACCAGACGUUGUUGAACACCCAACUUCUGUGGCUGCUACCAGAAUUGAAAGUGAAAGUACGUCUGCUGGUGUACACGGAUAUGAUGAAUUGACAAAAAAUGGUAAAAUGCCUAAUGGAGGUCAAAAUGGAAGUGUAGUAUUAGGGACAAAGCAGUUAGAUUUGGUGUCUUCUUCCAAAAAAAGUAGACUAGGUUUAGAUGUAAAUAUGGAUAUUGAUAUGUUUAAUAAUUCAAGGAAAGUUGAUUCAAGGAGAAAUUCUAUCGAACAGUUACCAAGUUCUGAUCAAACAUCAUAUCAAAUUGGUAAUGAAGGGAUGUUGGAAAACAAAGUCGUGGCUUUAGAUAAUACUCUUGUUCCUCAUGACCACCACAAUGUUAGACAUCAGAACGCCUCUAGCAGUGGUUCUUUCUCUAGAGAUGGAAUAGACAUUCGAACUAGUAGACCCAAUAUUGUAUCUGAUGCUAAGGAGGUGGAACAGAGUGGCAAAAAUGGACUGGGAAUUGAUGAAAAGAAGAGUACUGUUUUGGGUGAAGAUUCUAAAGAAUGCAAGGAGAAACUCAACUCAGAACAACCUGAAGUCCCUCUGGGCUUGUCCAAAAAUGAGAUUCGUGAGGAUACUGUGUCUGGAAGGAAUUCUUCUGCUUUAUUUGAUGUUCAGAGUUUUUCUGGUCGUGAGUUGAAUCAGGCAGGCAAGGCUUUUGAAGAUUCUAUCCUGGAAGAGGCAAGGAUAAUUGAGGCUAAGCAUAAGCGGAUUGCAGAACUGUCUGUUCAUACACAAAAGUUAGAGAGUCGACGAAAAUCUCACUGGGAUUUUGUGCUAGAAGAAAUGGCAUGGUUGGCUAAUGAUUUUAUGCAGGAACGUCUAUGGAAGACAACUGCAGCUAGUCAACUAUGUCACCGUGCAGCUUUUGCUGCUCGAUUGAGAAAUGAAAAACAGAAGAAGUUUGGGAAGAUAAAAGAAGUUUCCCAGUCCUUGGCGAAGGCUGUCAUGCAGUUCUGGCACUCAGUUGAGGAGCCAAGCAAAGAGUUGGAGCUGCAACACCAAAAGAAUAGGAUCUCUACAUCUCUGAAGGAAUAUGCUGGGCGAUUUCUGAAAUGCAACAGUUUUGUUUGCCCUCAGCAUGCAGAAGCACCAAAAACCCCUGACAGGACAUCUGACUCAUGGCACCUUGAAAUGCCAUCGGAGGAAAACCUGAAAGAGGCAUGGACUGUAAGCCUUUUUUAUACAAUUCCAAUUGGUGCGAUGGAUACAUAUAGAAGAUCUAUUGAAGCCCUUCUGUCGCAGUGCGAGAAAAUUGGUAGCUGCACGAAGGAAGAAGUUGAGACUUCAUUAUAUGAUACUUUAGCAGAUGAUGCAUAUGAUGAUGACGGUGAAGCAUGCAUGCAUUUUGAAAGUAGCAAGUCAUCCAAAUAUGUGCAGAAGAAAAAAAAGCACUUCAUUAAAUCAUACACUGGGAGACAGUAUGAAAUGGGAACUGAUUUGCCACGGACGCGGUGCAAAUGGGACUNUUAUGGACGCGGUGCAAAUGGGACUCAACAGUCUAUGUUAAUAGGAAAACGGCCUGCUAGUCUUAUUGUCGGUUCAAUACCAACAAAAAGAGUGCGUACUGCUUCAAGGCAAAGGGUUAUAAGUCCAUUUAGUGGUGGAGCUGCCAUGGCUUUGCAUGGUCAAGCUAAGACAGAUGCUUCAAGUGGUGACACCAAUUCUUUCCAGGAUGAUCAAAGUACUUUACGUGGUGGAUCUCAACUCCAAAAAAGUAUGGAAGUUGAGUCAGUUGGGGAUGUGCAAUAUGAUUCUGCAGAAACAUCAGUGAAAUAUAAGAAGAAGAAGAAGGCAAAGCAUCUGGGCUCCAUGUACGACCGCAGAUGGCAGUUAGACUCUACCGUUUUUAGUGAACCGAGGGAUAAUUCCAAGAAGAGACUGGAUAAUCAUCAUUUUGAAUCUAAUGCAACUAGUGGAUUACAUGGGCAACAUAAUGCCAAGAAGCCAAAGUUAAUGAAACAAUCACUUGAUAACACCUUUGACAAUAUAAAUCCAGUGUCUGGAUCCAUACCUUCUCCCGUUACAUCCCAAGUCUGUAAUAUGCCAAACACUAAUAGAAUCAUUAGAUUGAUUGGUGGCCGGGAUAGGAGUCGAAAGGCUAAAGCAGUAAAGAUGUCUGAUGCACAGUCAGGUUCUGGAAGUCCAUGGUCACUAUUUGAAGAUCAGGCACUUGUUGUGCUUGUACACGAUUUGGGUCCAAACUGGGAACUUGUUAGUGAUGCGAUUAACAGCACGCUACAGUUGAAGUGUAUAUAUCGCAAGCCUAAAGAAUGUAAGGAGCGUCACAAGUUUGUGAUGGAUAAGACCUCUGGAGAUGGGGCUGAUAGUGGAGAAGAUUCAGGCUCAUCUCAGCCCUAUCCAUCUACAUUGCCCGGCAUUCCGAAGGGAAGCGCAAGACAAUUGUUUCAACUUUUACAGGAACCCAUGGAAGAGGACACUCUGAAGUCGCAUUUUGAAAAAAUCUUUAAGAUUGGGCAAAAGCAACAUUGUCGACGAAGUCAGGAACCUAAGCAAAUAGUACAACCCCACGGUUCUCAUGCUAUAGCCCUUUCUCAGGCUUUCCCGAACAACCUGAAUGGACUGAUUUUAACGCCACUUGACCUAUGUGAUGAGGCGACAAGCAGUCCAGAUGUUCUUCCAGUUGGUUAUCAGAGCCCCCAUGCCAGUGGAAUGUCUAUGGCAAAUCAGGGUUCUGUAGCAUUAGUUCUUCCUAACUCGGGGGUGAAGGUUUCCUUACAAGGGUCUUCUGCAAUGGUUCAAGGAACUAGCUUAACCACUGCUUCUGGUUCACUCAACAACAUCAGGGAUGUUAGAUAUAGUGUUCCGAGGACAUCAUUGCAGGUGGACGAGCAAAAAAGAAUUCAACAACAUAGUCAAAUGCCGUCUGGAAAAAAUGCUCAGCAAUCUCACUCAUCUGUACCUCUGAAUCAUCCAGGAAAUGAGCGUGGGGUGAGAAUGUUAUCUGGUGCAAAUGGUUUGGGCAUGAUGUGUACAACGAACCGUUGCAUGCCUGUGUCAAGGCCAGGAUUCCAAGGACUUACCUCAUCAUCACCGGUGUUAAAUUCUGGAAGUUCUUCCAGUACUGUAGGGAUGUCAGUUCCUGCAAAUGUACACACUGUUGCUGGUUCUGGCCAAGGGAACUCAAUGUUGAAAUCUCGUGAGACGUUGCAUGUAAUGCGGGCUGGUCAAAACACAGAGAAUCAAAGGCAGACGAUGGUUCCAGAACUUCAGAUGCAAGUCUCUGGGAGCAACAACAGACCAUUAAAUGGUUCAGGUUCUUCCUUCCCAAAUCAGACACCACCUCCACCACCAUCUGUGCCUUCAUAUCCAGGCCAUCUCCAGUCGCAGCAUCAAAUGGCGUCACAACAAUCUCAUGCUCAUAGCAGCUCUCAUCAUCCACAUCUUCAACCCCCAAAUCAUGCCAUAGGUCCACAGCAGCAGUAUGCAAUGAGGUUGGCCAAUGAAAGGAAGCUGCAACAACAGAGGUUCUUGCAGCAGCAACAACUGCAACAAAAACAGCAGCAGUUUUCUACAUCAGGUUCUCUAACACCACACAUUUCGCCACAGCCCCAACUUCCCAUGACUUCUUCAAAUAGCUCGCUGGUCCAUCUGCAAACUUCAUCGCAGCAGGUCUCUUUGCCUCCUAUAACCUCAUCCUCCCCAAUGACACCCACAUCAUCACAACAUCAAAUGAAGCAUCACCUCCCACCUCACGGAUUGAGCCGGAACCCCGGAGCCAGUGGGUUAAACAAUCAGGCGUUGAAGCAAAGGCAACAAUCUGCCAGGCAUCAUCCUCAACAGCGACAGCAGAGUCAGUCUCAACAGCAGGCUAAAGUUAUGAAGGGAGUAGGAAGAGGAAGCAUGCUGAUGCAUCAAAAUCUCACCGUUGAUACUAAUCUUGUAAAUGGCCUUAAUGUACCUUCUGGUGAUCAACCCUCUGAAAAAGGGGAACAGAUCAUGCAGUUGAUGCAAGGUCAAGGCUCAUAUUAUGGAUCUGGAGUAAACACAGUUCAACAGUCAAAACCAUUGGCUCCUCAGUCAUCAAGCCAUUCUCAGCUACAGAAAAAUCUUGUUUGUGCUUCUGGACCACCCUUAUCAAAACCAGUUAUUCAGAUGCAAGCUAAUUCCGAGAAAAGCUCUCAAGGCCAAGUUCCACCUGUUUCCUCCUGUCACACAUUGUCAGCUUCACAUCAGGAUGCUCCAUCAUCAAUAAUAUCUUCAAACCACCCUCCUUCACAACCUCCUCAGAAGCAGCUGAAUCAAACACAAACAAGUUUUGAGAAGUCCCUUCAGCAGAGUUCUCAAGGUAUCUCUGAUCCAAGAAUGAAGGCUCAGACUGAUCUAGCUCAAGCUGACCAGCAGACACGUAAACAAGCCUCUCAGUGGAAACCAUCUGAACCUGUGUGUGAUUCUGAUGUGCUGAAGUCAAAAUCUCAGUUGGGUUUGAUUGGGAGUUCACCUCUUACAAACUUUUCUGGGGGUGAGCCAUUACCUAACAACCUGGGAUUAGGCCCUAGGCAGUCCUCUCGUGCCUGGCCACAACAAGUUCCAUUGCAGCAACCUCCAAAUCGAUUUGCCCCUUCCCAGCAGCAAGAAAAGCAGCAAGAGGCCUCGUUAUCCCAACAUCAUCAACCUCUGCAACAGCAAGCUCAGCAUCAAUCACAGCACAAGCAAGCCGAGCAAGCUAGUUUGUAUUUGAAGCCUGAAAAUGCUAAUAUAGAAUGAAGCAAUCUGGUGAUAGAAUAGUGCCGAGUCAUUUGUCCGGCUGGGGUUUGGUCAGCAUGCAUUCUGUAAAGGCAGCGUACAGAUGAAGCUGGUUAAUUAUUCACGAUUGAGGGCUUCGCUAGAGAGGAAGUGGUGGAACACGUUCUACUUCACAGAUUGAAGUUCUCAUAUGGGAUAAAUUGUUCUCUAUUCAUGAGACCCAUCCCUAGUGCAGUUCAGGCGAUGUCCCUUACCCUUCCCUUCUCGUUUCCUCGAGGUAAAAUUGAAGAUGGGAAGGACAAUAUUGCUGCAUUGUGAUUUAUGUAUAUUACCACUGGCCUAGUUUUGGGAAGAUAGAGACAGAUGUAGAGGUACGUGUACAGGGUCUUAUCUUUCCUUUCUCAUAAUUCUCUAUUUUUCCGUUGUCUUGAGGUUCUUCUUCAAGUCACCCGUCCUUUUAUUAGAGGGCCUCGUUCCUUUUGGAGUUGAUAGAUUAGUGCAUGUAUUGACAUUAAUAACCAUUAAGAGGGUAGAAAUCAUUUCCGAGGUCAAAUGCCUCCUCGGAAAAUUUUGUGAAUAUUAGGUUUCUGGCAUCUGCAUUAUCAGUGCCUUCUAAACUAACCAUCCAUCAGUGCAUGUGCACCUGUAGCAGUAUUGUAUUAUGUAAUUGUGUACCCAAUUUUAUAAUGCAACAAGCUUCAGUAACUGAUCC